AUGGCCUCCAAUAACGAGUCUAAUUCUUCAUCAAACACUUCAAUCGAGUCUUUACUAGAUGAACUUCCUAAACACAAGUUUUUCGACACUUUCGACAUUUACCAGUGGGAAGGUUUCUGGUACGAACGUCAUAUCCUCGAAGCAGCAUUAGCCUUUAAAUCACAGUUUAUAGCCCGAGAUGACGAUUUUAUAUUGGCUUCGACUGUGAAAACAGGCACAACAUGGCUCAAGGCCCUUUGUCUGUCGAUCCUGUUUGGAAAUCCCGACGACAAAAAUAGAGAAGAAGAAAUUCUCAAGAAAGGCAGUCCUCACAUCCUCGUGCCGACUAUUGAAUCCAUGAUUUUCGAAGAAAAUCGAUAUGCUAUUAUUGAAGGUAUGCCUUCACCUAGACUGAUACACACACAUUUGCCUUACAAUUUUCUUUCUGAUUCACUAAAAAACUCAAAAUGCAAGAUUGUUUACAUAACAAGAAAUCCUAAAGACACGUUUAUCUCUUGGUGGCACUUUGUGAAUUCAAUUCUGAGGCCAAAUCAAGAGCCAUAUCCUUUGGAAAAAGCAUUUGAGUGGUUUUCCAAGGGAGUGUACAUUCAUGGCCCAUUCUUUGAUCAUGUUUUGCAAUACUGGAAAGCAAGUUUGGAAAUGCCUGAGAGAAUAUUGUUCUUGACAUAUGAAGAACUUAAGACUGAUCCAAAAGGGCAAGUGAAGAAAUUGGCUUCCUUUUUGGGAAAGUCUUUUGAUGAAGUGGAAGUUGAUGAUAUACUGUGGAAGUGUAGUUUUGAGAGGCUUAAGAACUUGGAAGUGAAUAAAAAUGGUUACAUUCCAUGGAAUGGAUUGUUGAAUGCAUCCUUUUAUCGAAGGGGCGUCACCGGGGAUUCGAGAAAUUAUUUGACGCCUGAUAUGGAAGAGAACUUGAGUCAACUAUGUCGCGAGAAGUUUCAAGGAUCUGGACUUGAUCUUUAUUUAUGA